UUGUUUACUGUCCACGCUCUCUGUCAGCCAUCGGUCUUAGGUCCCUUUUUCCUCCUGCUCUGUGUCAACUUGUGGUUUUAGAUUGAGGGGUGGUUUCUCUUCCAGCUGUCUAUAAAACAAAGCAGCAGGGAAAGGAGCUGGGCAGCCACCAGUGGGAUGGACGACUCAGCCAACUGACAACAGACUUUUGCUUCUCGGGUAGCAAGCGCUCUGGACACAGCUUUGGAAGCUUUCCACCAACCUGCUAUGCAUGUUGUGACCUGUCACCUCUGUACUCUGAGCAAUGUAGUAAAAAAAGAAGGAAGAGGAAAAACUCACUCCACAGAGGGGAAACUACAGGCAGCAUCCAAGUGAAACUAGACUGGAAUCUGGUAGGAGACGAAACCUGAAGUAGUGCUGGCACAUUUCCCUCCCACUGCUCAGCCUGAAGAACCUGCCUCCCUGACACAAACAGCAAAAGGCUCCAACACCAUCAGCUUGAAGACUGUGCAGCAGGACUGAAGCCCUGACACCUAAAGAGGCAAGGAAGAAAUGGCUGAAGGGGAAAUAACAUUCAUGGCUCUUACAGAAACGUUUGACCUUCCAAUGGCGAAUUACAAGAAGCCCAAACUGCUUUACUGCAGCAGUGGAGGCCACUUUUUGAGAAUACGUCCUGAUGGCAAAGUUGAUGGCACAAGGGACCGAAAUGACCAAUAUAUUCGGUUGCUGCUGACUGCGGAAAAUAUUGGUGAGGUGUAUAUAAAGAGCACAGAGUCUGGACAGUACUUGGCUAUGGAUGACAACGGACUUUUAUAUGGCUCGUUACCAACGGAAGAAUGUUUGUUUCUGGAAAAGGUAGAAGAAAACAAUUAUAAUACCUAUAGAUCGAAGAAGCAUGAAGAUAAGAACUGGUUCGUUGGCUUAAAAAAGAAUGGAAAAAGUAAACUGGGACCGCGGACGCAUCGUGGCCAAAAGGCUAUACUUUUCCUUCUUCUACCAGUAUCUCCUGAUUAGACAAGUUUACCUCACAAAGUACAGUAUGUCCCUUAGGAUUAACCACCCAGCAGCCUUUCCAUUUCCUUUCCAUUUAUUCUGCCACUCUGGGGAACAUUAAAAGGGACAAAAGUGUAUGGGACAAAAAAAAAAAAGCAAACUAUAUUAAAUAUGCACCCACUGCUAUCAUAAUACAGAUGCAUCCCACAAUAUUAUCUCUAAAAUGGACUAAGUGAAUUAUAGUCAUAGAUAGGCAUGUACACACAGUUCCUACAGCCAUACAUAGUAAGGCUUCCCUUUUUGAAACAUGUAUUUGAUAUUAUAAUUUUCAAAGACAGCUUUUCAUACUCCUUAUUUAUUGUGUGGAAGCAUAAUUGAUGACACUGGAAUUGGUCUUUCCUUUGAAACAAAUUAAUUUUGUGCUUUUUAGGACCAAAUACAUAACAUUUUCUUCAAAUAAUAGUGCUCUGAUUCUUGAUAGCAUCUGUUAUAUGAAAUGUGUAUUUAUUUUUUAAGUAAAGUUGUAUACAUUCUAAACUGUUAAACAAUUUCAGUAAUACUGUAUACUGUUGAACAAUUUUAACUGUAAAUUAUCAAAGUACUAUAUACAGUAAUAAGGGGGAAAGAAAUCAAGAUUUUGGUAACGAAAAUGACCACAUAUUGAAAAACACAAAGGAUAUAAUAGAAGUUUGAGUACACUUCUGUAAGUCCAAUUGAAAUCAGCAGGAUUGCCUUUGUGGCUAAAUCAUUUAUUUCAGCAGGAUUAAAGAAUGUGAUCCACAACUUAGUUGUACUGUAU